AUGUCGCCUUCGGAGCCGACCGUUGCGAUUCAAACUCCCACCAAGCCUGCAACCAUGCAGGGUAUGCUCUCAGACGAUCUGCUUGGUUCGGUCUCUCCUAGCGACUCGCUGAAGAAGAAUGAUUCCAACAAUGAUUUCACCCGCAUGCCAAGCUUCAAACCUGAAGUCAUUGUUUCGUUGACUGGGUUAAGUAAUGACAAGCUUUCACGGGCAUGCAGUGAGCCCGAAAACGGCAACAAAGAAGAGAACGUGGACUUUCUCCCGAGGACGCUGAGUGAUAGCAGCGAGGCUUAUUCUGAUGCUGAUGCUUUCACCCCCGGGAUCAUGUCCGCGAUGGCAGAUUUUCCAGACCCGCUCCAGCCUGGGGCAGUGAAGUCUGCUGCAGAGCGAAACAUGAAGAAAUUAAGGAGGAAGGAAUCUCUCGUUCAAGCACGAUCUGAGCGAGAGAAAAGACUAGCGGAGCGAAGCUUCAUUUAUCAGGGAUAUCUAUGGAAACUCAAUAAGAAUGCAGAGGGUGUUGGUGACUUCAAGUAUGUGAGCGAGAAGGAGGGAGGGAACGAUACGAAAGUCUGCUGCAAGACAGACAUCUCCGCUUGCGUACAGACUAAAUCAGAUACCUACCUGUACCAAAACACCUUCACUCUGUCCUACAAGAAUGAAGAGGGUGAACAUGUUACCACGUUCUGUGCAGAGGAUCCGACUCAAGUUGCAAAAUGGGUCGAGCUCCUCAAGCCAGCGGACCUUGUUGUCCAGAGGGUCAGUGCCGUGAUCACCAAAGCUCGAGCAGCAGUAUCAGGCAACAGAUGUCGAUACCAGGAAGAUGGUUUCGACCUGGACCUUACCUACAUCACGAAGCGAGUCAUUGCCAUGGCAUUUCCUGCGGAGGAUCAUGUUGGAGAGUUUUCUGUGGCCAUCCGCAACGACCUACCGACUGUCAAGCAGUUCUUGGAUUACAAGCACAAGGACAGGGUGAGCCAGUGGCUGAAGCAGCACCCUGCAAAUGUCGUUGCUGUGCACUGCAAGGGGGGGAAGGGAAGGACUGGUGUUAUGAUAGCGAGCUGGUUACUAGUUGAGAGAAAUUGCGACGGCGAAAUCGUCGCGACCCCUGAGGAGGCAGCAGACUACUUCGCGAGGAGGAGGACCUUCGACGUGCACAAGAAGCUGCAAGGAGUGACUGGGCUGAGCCAGAAGAAGAUCCUGUCACUCUUCAAGAAGGCCAUCGAUGACGGGAAAGUUCCAAAUGUUCCCAUCUCAAUCUCAUUCGUCAAGUGCAACAUGGUUCCCUUCUCGGACAAGAAGGCCAUCUCCCCCGUCCUCCGCAUCUCGAAGCCCGACGGGACCGUCCUCUUCCUCGGGAGGCCCGCCAAGGAGUCCUACAAGCCCGGGAGCGCCGAGGAGAUCGUGUUCGAGAUCAACAAGACGACCAAUCACCUCCCUGGCAGCCAGAUUUUCAAGCAGAACAAAUGGGUGGUGACGGAGGACUACCGCAUAGAGCUCUACGACAAGAUGCCGUCGUCCAACCAGAAAGACCAGAAGCUCUCCGACACAGCACUGUGCUUCCGCUGCCUGCACACCAGCACCCACACUUCCUCUCCAUUCACCCUAGAGGCCGAUGACAUAGACAAAGUAGAGCAUGACAUCGGCAAGCACAAGAAAUUUCCCCCCGGGUUCAACAUCACCAUCGAGUUCGAGCAAGUUCCAACGGCGCAGCAGUGGGUGAGGUUCAAUGAGGACGUCGAGGAUCAGCUCUACAGGAAGUGCUGGCAGCUGCUGCAAAGGAAGACGAUCGAGGCUGGGGAGACGCUGGUGGCGAAGGACGUACAUGACAAGAACUUGUACCUGGUGGCGCAGGGCAGCUUGCGGCUGGAGGUCAACAAGGACGGGCGAAGGGAGAUCAUAGAGCCAACGCUGGGAGUUUACUCGCUCAUCGGAGACAACAGCUUCCUCGACAUCAAGGCACACCGUGCUGACGUGGUGGCUAACCAAGACUCGAUCUUGUUCUGCAUCUCGGGAGACGACGUUGAUCGCAUCGGAAAGUCUCUUGUGUUCCACUCAGUCUGCAUCCAUCUCUGCAACGAAAUCAACAAGCUCUGGCUCCGCAUCCCUGCUUUCUGCUCGAGCUCACGCUCGUCCAAGGCCAUGAAAUACAGGAGGAGGUAUAACCUUUCCAUCUACGACCGCCACCUCUUCUCUCUCCGAUGUCACACCAUGAUGAACAAAGUUAAGGGCAAGUUGAUUCUGUUCAAUAGCAAGCUCAUCUUCCGAAAGAUCGGCCUCUACACCAAGUUUGCAGGAGGGGAAGACAGCACGUGGCUGUCCAAGUCGAUCCUCAGCUACGAUGUGGACCAGGAGACCAACUCGCUUGCUAUCGACUUCUACGACUCGGAGAUCGAGCACUUCACCUUCGCGUCUGCGGAGGACCUCUCUCUGAUAUGCUCGGAGCUUGACAAGAUCAUCGAGCAGACGAAGGGGAGGCAGACGGAGAACAGCAAGGAUCUGAUCGAGUCGAUCUUCAGCUUGUUCCCGAGCGAGUGCGUGGAGGGCAAGAAACUGGCGGCAGGGAAAACUCUCGAAUCUGCGAGGGACGAGCGCAGGUUGUACCUGGUCAUCGGAGGAAGCUUGAUCGGAAAGAACGAGCAGCUUGCCUCCGACUAUGUCACGGAAGCAUACUACCCCGGCGACCUCAUCGGCCUGGACGACUUCAUCCUCAAGGGCAACCCGCGAUUGGAGAACGUCGUGGCAGGGAAGGAGGGGGCGACGCUGCGCUGCAUCUCCUUCGGCGUUGCCUUUAACCAGCUGGAAAGCAGAGAGUUUGCCGAGGUUUUCUACCCGCUCUGCGCGAGGUCCCUCGGGUACAAGCUCGACGACAUUCGCAUCACACUACAAUGA